AUGGGCACGACCAGGCCCAAUACCGAUCUCCUUAUGCAAAGGAUUACAAUGUCGACGUGUCAAGACAUGGCAGCACUGUUGUCAUCAAUCACCAUCGUCCCAAUCCAAGCACUGACGAGCCAAGAGCCUCAGAAUCUCGAGGUGCCUUUACUGUCUAUGGCAACAAGCACAAGGAUGAUAGGCGCAAGGAUAACAGUCGAAACUAAGGCUUGUUUGGGCGUCCGAUGUAGCAGUGAGAAAGUAUCUACUUGCAUGGUCUCGGCGUUUCUGGUGGUUUUUUUGAGCAUUUUCAGGGAAAUUGUAGGAUAUAUGGGAUGGACUUUUGGACACACAACACUGUACCGUACUAGACAUCAUCAGCUGGGCGUUCAUGAUUGA